AGACGUUUGCGUUGGCUCACCUGGCUGUGGUCAAUGGAUUCACUGCGUAUUGGCUGGAGCAGCAGAAAUUACCUGACCCGAAAAUUGUUGCGAUGGAAUUUCAAAAACUUCCCGACCUACCUUUCACGGACUCGAACAGAAAAACGAUUCUUGAAUUACUGAGAGAUUUCUUCGGAUUUUUUUUCCUGGGGCUGGUGUUGUUCACAACGAAAGGUGUGGUAGAAGACAAAGAAACCAAAAUAAAGGUUGGAAUCUGUUGUUUGGAUUGGGGGGGGGGGCGGGUAAUUUUUUAAAAGGUAUUUUUGAUGUAGGGAUAUGGACAUUUGCGGUGUUUAAUAGUAAAGAAAUGCGUUGUCGUGCACAGAAAAAAAAACAAUGAAUCUAAAACAAAACAUAUGAGACAAACAGCAAACUCUCCAGCAAGCUUAUUAAGUCUUCCUUAACGCAACCCCCCUUUCAACCAACGCCCCCACUCGUCGUUAUUACAGUCAGGCCGCGAAGUAGGAACACCCUGCCGCCUCGUGGUGCUGCUCUCACACCACCCGCAGUUGAACCUCCUAGGGUUUGGGGUGGUAUAUAUUUAACGUCUCUAAAUCAUCCCUUCAGAUCUCGGGGUGGCGACUGACGCCCUCUCAUGGGGGUUUCUACACGGGGUUUCUACAUUGUGACUAGACACAUUUUAGCUGGGACGAAACGGUUCCCUAGGAGCAGUCCCCUCAAAGGCUGCAUGAUCAGAACCAUGGUCAAGGGCUUCCACGACCCACUCUUGGCUCAUAUCAAAACGCUCAAGCUGUAAUGCGCCAUCUGAAAUUUAUGAUAGAUUCUUUACCACAAACUGUAUAUUUACCGACCAACAUCUUUGACUUAUAAUAACAUUACAUUUCGGGCGAAACUUGGUCACAUGGAGCGUAGAGCUCUUAAACAAAUAUUUUGAAAACGUUACAAAUUGCCCGGUUUCUCAUCAGGAUUCUAUAGUUUUCAAAACACACUUUAAAUUGUCUAGUGAAAGUAACCAAAAUCGUCUGGUACUCUUGCAUCCUUAGGAAUCAAUGAGGCUGAUGGGAUUGGGUGAAGUAGUGUACUGGCUCUCGUGGCUUCUCAUCGGCCUACAGAUAGGGAC